AUGUUUAGAAUAACCUCUAAGCUGACAUUGUUCACAAUGGCAAUCAUAAGAAUGCAUCUUUUCACCAUAAGUGAAAAGAUACUGAAAAGAAUGAAAAAGGUGGUCAGAGUAGCAAAAAUAAAAAAAAAUAUUGGCCAUCGUUAUGGGGGGAAAGGUCAUUGGGGUCGCACUUGCCGUACACCAAAACACCUUGGUGAUCUUUAUCAAAAAUCACUAAAAAGUAAAAAUAUAAGGAUUGAGAUACAUUUUUCUAAUAAAGACGGUGAUCCCGAUUAUGACAAUAUGGAUGUUACUCACUUAGAGAUUGGUGAUUUCUUUGUUGAUCUAGAUGGAAAAAUUGAUCACCUUAUUGGAGAUGGAACUUUCAAGAAAUAA